UUUAACUAUUAUUAUUCUUCUAAGUUCUAACUCUUAUUAUUCUUAUUUAUACUUUUCGCUGUCGUCGUCCAUUGUAAUUUACGGAAUUAGUGAAUUGCCCCUCAGGCCUUUCUAUGUAUACAAAUACACAAACAUAUUUUUUUCAUCGAAAUUGAUACAACUACACGCAUUAUAGCUGUAUAAACUGUACAUCGAUGUUGUAAUAAAAAAUGUAAACAAUUAAACUCUACAGCAGUAAGUACUACCUAUUUGUGCUGUCCUCAAAGGUCACACCGCACACUAGGUGAGCCGUGUGUCGCCAUUGCAAUCUGAUUUGUUGGGCAAAGUACAAUAUUUUUUUACAUCGAGAGUCGAAAUUCAAGAAAACGCUGUGCCACUUUGCAAAUAAAUUCCCUUCUUUAAGUAAUUUAAAUAUUUUUUAAAAACGAAAAAAAGGUUCAAUAAUAAAAAAUGGAAAAUAAGCUUAUUAGUAAUACAACUGAGUCCAGCCCAAAAGAGAUAUUAAAUAAUUGUUCUCAGACAAAUGUAUCCCAUGCAAAAACAAAUACUGAUUCUACUGAAAAAACUUUUAAUUUUUUUGUAAAUAAAUUCAAAACAAAAAAUGAUUCACUGUCACUUGAUGAAUCAAGAGAUUCAGAAGAUUCUGCCAGCAUAUCUUGUAAGUCUAUUGAUAAUAAUAAUAAAAAACAACAGCAAGAUGAAAUGUGUGAGGCCUCUACAUCUUAUGAAAAAUAUGUCAAUGUUUCUGAAUCUAAUUCGGAGGAACUUACAGAUGCAAAAUUAGUUGAUGGUAAAAUUGUAAGUAUGCAUACAAGUUCUCCGUCUACUGCAUUGCCAAUAAUGAAAAUAUUAUCACGAAAAUCAGGACCACAUACUUGCCUUGAAUGCUGUUUUAGGUGUAAAAACGCUUUUCGUUUACUUGAUACUCCUUUACAUAUAUGUCGAAUACGAAGUAUUGAAAAGCAAAAUGAAAUUUUAAAAAUUGAGCCCUCAUUAUGUGCUGAUUCAUGCCUUUGUGAUUUUUGCUGGAUAGCCCUGGAAAAUACUUACAAAUACAAUAAAUCUAUGAAUAAAAAAGAAGAAUCAUAUUCAGAAAAGAAGUAUAGAUUGUUAGAACGUUACGUGAAAAAAAAUGUACCAAAAAAAAAAAAUCAGGCAAGGAUAUGUUCAAUACAUUUAUGCUCUCGACCUUAUUGUCAUAAAAUGUCUGUAAAUGAGUUUGAAAAUAUUGAAGAAUUAUUUUUAACAUUUGAGUCUUAUCCUUUAGUUUUUGUAGAAUCUAUAAAACAAACUACAGACUUCUUGAAAUUUCCCUUUUGUCUUUGUAAAAUUCAUCAUGCUUUGAUCAUGGUAAUGUCAAACUGUCAAAUCUGUGGUGACAAACUCAAUGCACCAUUUAACACUGAUGACUGGUUGAUGUACAAAAUGUGGAAUUGUGUAUUGAUUGAAAAUAAACUUCCUUUAUUACUGAAACCAGGUAUGUUCAUAUGUGCAACAUGUAAAGGGCACAUUUCUAAAACAAAUCCUGGUUUCCAAAAUAUUGACUUGACAUUUUUACGGGGAUAUAUCUUUAUGACCUCUACAACUCGUUUAGAAUUAUAUGGAGAAUCACAGAAUAACUUGUUCAAUAUAUGUCAAGGAUCAACAGAUUUGGCAUCUCCCAUUGUUGUUCCUAAGAUUAAAGGAGAAAAAAAAUGUGUUCGUUCAACAAAAGUUAAGUUUACUGAUCCUUUAAUAACUUCAAUUUAUAAUUUUGAAAAUGAUACAGAAUCAAUAACAAGCAUUGCGUCAUCAAAUGCAGCUGAACAAGAUCUAUGUACAACUGAAUUACAACCAGAAGAUGAAGGACUUGAAUUUUUACCAGUAGAACUAUCUAAUGCGAUUGUUAAUCCUGUUUCAAUAAAGAGAACACAAAGCAAUGUUAUAUGCAGUACAGUUUCUAAUAAAGAUGUGAAGAAACAAAGACUGAAUGAAAAACACAGUUCCAAUAAAAAUAAUUCUACGGAUGAUAAUACUACCAAAUCCUACAAAAAUAAAAAUAUUGCUCAUCCAAAAUAAACUAGAAGAAGUGUACAGACUAAUUUUAGGUAUUCCAAUUUCAAAUGCUACAGCUGAAAGGAGUUUUUCUACAAUGAGGAGAAUUAAAACAAACAACAGAUCAAUCAUGGAAAUC